AAUCAUCAGUGUAAUUUCAAACAUGGCGGGCGACAACGUCGAGCAAGCAGAACAGGAUUCCGCAGAUAUGUCGUGGGGCGGCAUAUUUUCGGAAUUAUUGAGUCCCAUCAACCUUAUCCUGGCAUCGAUAUGCUGUUAUUUGGUGUACAAGAUAUUUAUCAGCAAGCAACAACCGCACAGGAGCGCCCAGAAAAAAGAACCCGAGCUGCCGCCGAUGAAGAAGCGCGACAUGACUUUGUCAGAAAUUCGGAAGUUCGACGGCACGGGUGAAGACGGCAGAGUACUGGUUGCCGUUAACGGAAAAGUGUUCGACGUAACAAAGGGAAAGAACUUCUACGGACCAGGGGGACCGUACCACGCUUUCGCGGGCCACGACGCUUCCAGGGGCCUGGCGACUUUCUCGGUGGAAACUGCUAAAGAAGAGUACGACGACCUCUCAGACCUGAACCCCAUGCAGAUGGAAAGUGUUCGUGAAUGGGAAAUGCAGUUCACUGAGAAGUACCACUACGUGGGACGACUGCUGAAGCCUGGCGAGGAGCCAACUGACUACUCCGACGAAGAGGAUGCCCAGGACCAGACCAAGAAAUCUGAAGGAGUGGUAGCCGAGGAGGCCAGCGGUGGGGACACCAAGCCUCACGCCGACUGAGCUCAUCUCGAGGGAGUCCCUGGCCACUUCCAGAGGGGCAUUCUGCGUUUUAAUUUGAGCGAACGACCGCCUGCAACAACAAGGCCUGCCUCUCCCUCGUUGUCCUCUGUCUAAAAAUUUUGCACAUGUAAAUGAUUUUUUUUGGGGGGAAGAAAGUGUAUUUUUGGAGAGGGCCUGGCAAGUGUUUUGUGCGUUUUCAUUCUCGCGUAUCUGUAAAUAGCGCCUUUGACCUCUUUUGUACGCUCGACUCGGGGUUUGUAUCAAACACUUUGACGAAUCAUGUCUUGGGACGUCGUUGAGGUCCAUUCCCACAAUAAAGCAGCUGUACAUUC